ACUAACACAACUGGGCAAACUUUUCACGACUGUAGUAAAGUUGACCAAGAGGCCAGUGAAGCCAGUGCUCACCAGUAAGGGAAGAUAAAACACUAAGAGCCUCGUAUAGUUUGUACUUUUCCUCUCUGAGGUUUUAUGUUUCUGCUUGUGGUCUUGUAUUAAAAUCCACAUUUCAGCGCUCGGACUUCUCAUUUGAAUAUAACGUAACUUAGCUGAAAUCCACAACACAGCACCGUGAAGAUGGGACGUUUCCUCUAACGUAGGAGCAAAGCUUAUUUUUCGGAUCUGGGAUGAUGGCUUUGUAGCAUCCCAGGUUCCUGUAAAUACUCCAAAGACGUUAUUCGGUCAGUGUGCAGCAUCAGUGGAGAAGCAGCCGACCAUGGGUCCUCUCGCUACGCCUAAAAAAGGAAGAGAAGUAGGUUCUGUGGACCCCUGGACACCAACGUCCAACCUCAAAAUGCUCAUCAGUGCAGCUAGUCCUGACAUCCGGAACCGAGAGAAGGAGCUGUGUAUGGACAACGACGCGCGGGAAGGUGUUGACUCCACACAGGACGCUGAAAAUGGAGAAGAGUCGGAGAAAAUGAUCAGCAGGAAAGAGAAGAGUCUGGGUUUGCUCUGUCAUAAAUUCCUCGCCCGCUACCCAGAUUGCCCGAACCCUGCCCUCAAUAACGACAUCUGCCUGGAUGAUGUGGCCACUGAGCUCAAUGUGGAACGCAGGCGCAUCUACGACAUCAUGAACGUGCUGGAGAGUCUCCACAUGGUGAGCCGCUCAGCCAAGAACCGCUACGCAUGGCAUGGCCGGACCAAACUGGCUCAGACUCUGGCCAUUUUGAAGCAGGUGGGCGAGGAGCACAGGUACGGCCAGCAGAUGCAGCAGAUCCGGCAGCGCCUCCUGGACAAAGAGUUUGACUUUGACGGGGAUGAGAAGGAGAACGAAGAGGUGGACCUGGAGAGCGGAGAGCAGGGGCAGAAGGAGCUAUUCUUUGUGGAGCUUCCAGGAGUAGAGUUCAGAGCAGCCUCUGUUAACAGUCGGAAAGACAAAUCUCUGAGGGUGAUGAGCCAGAAGUUUGUCAUGCUCUUCCUGGUGUCUAGUCCUCGUGUGGUCAGUCUGGAUGUGGCCGCCAAGAUUCUGAUCGGAGAGGACCAGGGUGCAGAUCAAGACAAGAACAAGUUCAAGACCAAAGUGCGGCGGCUGUAUGAUAUAGCUAAUGUGCUGCGGAGCCUGAAGCUCAUUGAGAAAGUCCACGUGACAGAAGAGAGGGGGAGGAAACCGGCCUUUGAAUGGGUCGGCCCCGAAGAAUUCCCACAAGUCAAAGACUUGCAGAACACCGCAUCUGAAUGCUCUUCCAAGAAGAAAAGUGUACUGGAGUCCCGUGCAACUAUAGAUAACUGUGCCAAAAACCUGUUUUCAUCACCUGGAAGUAAACGCAGCUUCACCCGACACCCCUCCCUCAUAAAGUUGGCCAGGAGCAUUCAGGAUGACCGUCGCAAGAUCAAUUCCGCCCCCAGCAGUCCUGUCAAGAGUGCCCUCAGCGAUCCAUCAAACACUGAUUUUCCAAACAAAAUGGCCCAACUCGCUGCUAUUUGUCAGAUUGAACUUGACCAGGAGUCUGCGACUGGAGCUAAACAUCCAAAGCCCGCUUCUGCUGAGGCGGACGCAGCUGCUGUGAGGUUAGAGCCGACCUCUUCUCAGGCGCCGUUACUAACUCCAACCCAGGAGCCUGGAGUCAACACUACUGUCCACCUCACCCCCCACACCCCACUGUCAGCCCUGCCCACAGGCUCCGUCACAUACAUCCCUGCACAGUGUUCAUCCCUGAUCCCCGUGUUGUUACCUCAGCAGAGGGGGGCCGGGCCCUACGCCGUGUACUUGCAGCCUUCUUCCCCCAGGCCAAACCCUCUGGCCAGGCCGCAGCCGACCAGCCUCGCUGUGCGCUCUAUGACCUUUGAGGAUAAGACCGGGCAGAGCCCGACUGGCCAGAAUACAGCCAGGGGCCAGCCGGCCUCCAGGGCAUCAGACGGCAGCCCCAUGGCGCUCAAACGGCUGGGUUCAGGUUCAGCCUCAGAGGGCAGCCCCUCCAAAAACAAGAGGACAGACCCCAACUUUAAGGAUACCUCUCCAAAGCUGUGUGAGAUCCUGCAGGCACGUCUGAAGUCCCGUCGCAGCACUCAGCUCUCAAGCCGGCCCUCGCCUCGCGCCCUCCACCUGGACCCAGAGUUUGUAAACACCCCCGGUGGUGCUGUAGCCAAUCAGACACUAGAGCAGAGCCUGGAGACCUUUCUGGACAGAGAGGACAAGGCGGCGAACUCUGACAGCGAGGCGGGCUUGACGCCUGUCAGAGCCAUACCUCUGACCCCAGGACAGCUCCACACUGAGACUUUAGUACCAGCCGGAUACCUCAUCCCAAUCUCCCAGCAGUCCCUCAUCAGCUACAGGGAAAUUCAAGGUUCAGGGAGAGAAAACAACAAGGCCUCAACUCCCACUUACAACAUCUACCAAACACCAACAGCAGGCUCCAGACCCUCCCCAGCCCAGGAGAUUACACCCACCAACCUCCGUCUUCACAAACCCGCUGCCGCCUCCUCGCCAAACACCACCCAGCAGGCCCACCGCCUCCACAGCCCCAGUCCUGCCAUCCUCAACUUCACGCUGCAGAACCUGGGUCUGAUCUCAGGCUCCGGCCCAGGAAACGCCUUCGCUGCCCCCCAGACUCCAGAGUGUGCCAACACCCUGGCCAGCCCGCUGCCAGGCCCACUCGCUGUGCAGCAGAGGGGCAUGGUUUUCAUCAAGCCCGUGUCCCCUUUGCCCAUCCAGCAGUCUGUAUCCGGGCAACCAGUGGCCCUGAUCAAUGUGCAACAGCCUCUGAUGACCACCCCCAAAGGGACUGCGCUCCCCCAGCACAGCUUCUUCCACACGCCGGUCCCCCUCUCCCCUCUGGCUGCCAUGGUAACCACCGGUGGACACCUGGCCACCAAAACUGUUUACAUCCCUCAGAGGAAGCUGGACGUGGCCACUGAGGACUCCUGAAGGGAGCCCGGCCGGUGUCUGUGUACAUUAUGUGUGUGCUUGUGUCGUGGGUGGGUGUCUUUCAUUUUGCGUCUCUUUAGGAGUGUCAGUAUUGAUUACCUCUGAACAUUUCACAGCAGCCUCACUGCCUCCGCUCACAGCCCGCUCUAGAAAUGGAACAUAGAAACAGACUGCAGCUGUGGGCCCGUGGACACGUUCACCACGUCCUCAUGAACACUGUUUUCCUGCUCGUUGUGAUGCUGGUAGAAACUUUUCCCAGGACCAAACUUUCAGAAUAUAACGGAGGAAAGUUGACAUUCUUUUUUUAUUGGUUUGUUUUUUAGUUACAUCUGCAAAUGUGAGUGAUGUGCACAGCAAUUUAUCAUCUUUCUUCAGAUUCAAAGAGUAGUAAAAGUCAUAUCAGUACUACGGAGAACAAGCCAGAUGGAUGUAUUUGACUGAAAGAUGAGUUUGAUUGAAAACGUUAUUGAUUUUGUUAAACCUAAUGAGACGUCUUUUGCACAUAUGUACAUGUUAACUGUUACCCCUCAAGAAUGGAAUUGAGAAUCUUUGUGAAUAUGUGGGAUUCAUUCUAAGACAGAUCAGACAUUUUGACAAGUUUAAUUUAUAAGGAAUUUCUGAUGCUAAGUGUAAAAUGUUAAUUGAACUUGAAUACAUUUUUUAGCAGCAUCAUGUGAUGUCGGUGUGUCUUUUGGUCUACUUCUCCUCAGCUAUGGGACUAUAAUUACUGCAGACAUGUAGGGCUGCUACUUAUAAUGAUUUUAAUAUAGAUUCAUCUGUUGAUUUUUCAGUUUAGCAAACAAAAUAAGGAAAGUUGAAUUGGCCGUUUUGACUGAAAAGCUGUCACUUCUGCUUUGAUAGUAAUGCUAAUAUAGCAUCCUGACAUGCUAAACCACAACAUGUUAGCAUGCUGAUGUACCAUAAGAGCCAAUAAGCCAAGUAGAUAAAUACUUAAAGCAGCUAUAAUCAGUAUUUUCUAAUUGUCACAUUAUAGUGAUGAACAUCAGUUAUCACCUCAAUGUGCAUCUUCCUCCAACUUUACAGUGACUUUCAGCUCAUUGUUUAGCUGUCCGGCCCUCAGCUUUACUGUUUGGGUCACGGUGUCAUCGACAGGCAGCUUUUUUUACAGUGAAAAAGCUUUAAAAACCCCAAAAGAAGCAGAAAAGUGACAGCCGGGGCUGACAGAGUAGUGAUUGGACGAAUGAAAGCGGAACAGAGUCUGACGAUGCAGAGCUGCGCCUGACGUGCUGAGAGACACCACAUUCGCAUCAUUCAGAAUGAGAAUAUAUGUCUGUAUAUUUCAGGAUGGUUAAUUACACCAUUUAAAUGUAAAGUUAGCUUUAUGUACACAUGUGCAUUUGUAAUCACCUGAUUGGAUUGUCAGCAUUAAUAUAAAGUUUCAUACACAUUAAAUCUAAUGA